AUGGUAAUAAAAUCUUCAGGGGCUUGUGGCUGGAGGUGGGGUGAGGAAAGGAAUAGAGGGGAUCUUAGGGAGGAAGUAGGGAUGCUUGGCAUUGGUGGCAAGCUGGUCGGCAUAGUUGGCAGGCUUGGAAGCGGCGGCAAAGUAGUCUUGGGCAACGUUGGUUGGGUGGUAGGAAGCGUCGGCAGUGUGGGCUGGGGCAGGGUCGUCGGGAUGGCGGGCAUGGGUGGCAUGGCGACCUUAGGCAAUGUUGGCAUGGUGGGCAUGGGUGGCAUGGUGACCUUAGGCAAUGUGGGCAUGGCGGGCAAUGGAGGUAGCGACCCUGGUUUCGGUAAAGUUGGUAUGGUGGGAAGAGUCGGUAUGGAUGGCAUGGUUGCUUGUAGCAGAUGA